AUGGGAGAAGGAGACUGUGAGUGUCGACUGCAAGGCUCUGCAAAACCACCUGAACUAGCCCAAAAUGGUGACCUAGUUAUUGGAGGCAUUUUUUCAUUUCGCACCGGGCAGGAUUAUGUAGUUGAUACAUUUGAGACAAUUCCAGGUGUAAGGAAAUGCAAGAACUUUAACUUCAGAGAAUUUAAGUUUGCUCAGACUGUGAUAUUUGCUAUAAGUGAGAUCAACAAAAACCCUGACAUGCUCCCAGGAGUUAAACUGGGCUACAAGAUCUACGGUGAGUGUGGAUCGAUGGACAUACUGAGAGCUGCACUGGCACUGGUGAGUGGAGUCAAGGAGGAAAUCAGUGAUGACAACUGCACUAAAACUGACACAGUGCAGGCUAUCUUAGGACAUUCAGGAUCAAGACCAACAAUUGCAUUUGCACCAGUUGUUGGAAAGUUUCAUAUACCUGUGAUCAGCCAUUUUGCCACCUGUGCCUGUCUUAGCAACAGGAAAGAAUAUCCAACUUUUUACAGAACAAUUCCCAGUGAUUUCUACCAGAGCAGAGCUCUGGCAAAGCUGGUCAGACACUUUGGUUGGACCUGGAUUGGGGCUAUAGCUGUGAAUAACGAAUAUGGCCUAAAUGGUAUAGCUGCAUUCAUCCAAGCUGCACAAGAACUAGGAGUGUGCAUUGAAUAUUCUGAGGCAUUUUCAUCGUCAGGCCCACCUGAGAGACUGCAGGAGAUAGUAGAGAUAAUAAAGCAUGCUACAUCCAAAGUAGUCAUGGCAUUCAUGUCUCACAGAGAAAUUAAGCUGCUUGCCAAAGAGCUGUUCAAACAGAACAUAACAGGGCUGCAGUGGGUUGGGAGUGAUGCCUGGGUCACGGAUCACUCUCUCACAGACAGCGAGGGACACAGAAUCCUGGUUGGUUCACUAGGAUUCACUGUCAGCAAAGCUGACAUCCCCGGGCUCGAGGAGCACCUGAGGCAGCUCCACCCCUUGCAGUUUCCCGACAGUCAGUUUGUCAGGGAUUUCUGGGAAGAUGUGUUCAACUGCGCUCUGAAUGAAACAGAAAACACACAGAAAAAGCCGUGCACUGGGUCGGAAAGCCUGCAAAAUGUUGACUUGCAGUUCACCGAUGUGUCCGAGCUGAGAUUCACUAACAAUGUGUACAAGUCUGUUUAUGCAGUCGCUCACGCUCUUGACAACCUGAUCAAAUGUGAAGAGGGUAAAGGGCCUUUUGCAAACGGCAGCUGUGCUGACAGUAAAAACAUUCAACCAUGGCAGGUCUUGCAAUACCUUGAUUUAGUGAAUUUCACCACUAAAGAAGGGGAAAGAGUUUAUUUCGACAGCAACGGGGACUCGCCUGCCAGAUAUGAACUGGUUAAUCUGCAAGUGACCCACAAAGGGACCAUGGAAGGGGUAACAGUGGGCGUUUAUGAUGCUUCUCUCCCAGAGAGCAAUCAGUUUAUUACCAAUAACAUCCCAGUUGUGUGGGGAAAUGGUCUGAUUAAGGUUCCCGUGUCAAUCUGCAGUGAGAGCUGUCUCCCAGGAACUCAUAAGGUCCUCCAAAAAGGAAAGCCAGUAUGUUGUUAUGAAUGCAUACCGUGUCCAGCAGGCGAGAUCAGUAACAUAACAGACUCAAUCAUCUGUAUGAAAUGUCCUCCGACAUACUGGUCCAACAACCAGAGAGACACCUGCAUCCCUAAAGUCAUCGAGUUCUUGGCUUACAAUGAAAUCCUUGGAACAUUAUUGGCUUUAUUUUCCUUGCUUGGAGUUUUCUUAACUAUGAUAACAACACUAGUCUUCUACUGCCACAAAGAAACACCGCUAGUCCGGGCCAACAACUCUGAGAUGAGCUUCAUGCUUCUCUUCUCCUUGACUUUAUGCUUCCUGUGCUCUCUCACAUUCAUCGGCCGGCCCUCUGAGUGGUCCUGCAUGCUGAGACACACAGCAUUCGGCAUCACCUUCGUCCUCUGUAUAUCAUGUGUGCUGGGGAAAACUAUAGUUGUACUAAUGGCCUUCAGGGCGACUCUCCCAGGUAGUAAUGUAAUGAAAUGGUUCGGGCCUGCACAGCAAAGAAUCAGCGUCCUGGCUUUCACUCUCAUACAAGUUUUAAUCUGUAUACUCUGGCUGACAAUCAACCCUCCCUUUCCACUAAAAAACAUGAAACACUACAAAGAGAAGAUAAUAUUAGAGUGUGAUCUUGGCUCAGCUGUGGGGUUCUGGGCCGUGUUAGGAUACAUCGGCCUUCUUGCUCUCUUGUGUUUUAUUCUGGCCUUUCUGGCUCGAAAGCUGCCCAAUAAUUUCAAUGAAGCGAAAUUCAUCACCUUCAGCAUGCUGAUAUUCUGUGCAGUCUGGAUCACAUUUAUUCCAGCGUAUGUCAGCUCUCCAGGAAAGUUUACUGUGGCUGUGGAGAUAUUUGCUAUCUUAGCCUCCAGUUAUGGGCUACUUCUCUGCAUUUUUAUGCCAAAAUGUUUCAUUAUUUUGUUCAGACCUGAGCAGAACACUAGAAAACAUAUAAUGGGCAAAACGUCCAAUAAUGAUAUACAAUAUUAA